AUGCUUUCUCUAGUCCUUUCAGCUGAACUCACAGGAGUCACCGAACUUCGCCCUCAAGAUACUCCUGAGAACCCCUACUACUACACUUUCAAGGUGCAAUGCACGUCCUGUCGUGAGACACACCCAAACUGGGUCAGCUUCAACCGUUUUGAGCAACACGAAAUCCCUGGAAGCCGCGGAGAGGCGAACUUUGUCUGGAAAUGCAAGCUUUGCCAAAAAACCCAUUCUGCCUCUAUCGUCGCAGGUCCAAAUGUGUACGAGGCAGACGAAAAGCGCAAGGGCCGGAAAGUGAUCGACAUUGACUGCCGCGGUCUUGAAUUUACCGAGUUCAAAGCUGAUGGCGAAUGGGAGGCUAAGGGCACCGAGUCAUCCACUCCUUUCACGGCCAUCGACCUGUCAGAGAGCGAGUGGUAUGACUAUGAUGAGAAAGCUGGAGAUGAAGUUUCCAUCAAGGAAAUUACCUGGGAGUUCCAACCAGUCAACCCCCGCCCUUUCUUGCAGACUAGGGUCGGUACAGAGAUGGUUAUUCGUCUCAAGUGGGGUCAGACCGAGUACAAGGGCAAGCUGGAGAGCAUCGACUCGUACAUGAACGUGCUAUUGCGGGACACGGAGGAGUUCAUUGAUGGAAAGAACACAGGAACUCUUGGACUUGUGCUUAUUCGGUGUAACAACAUUCUCUGGAUGGGAUCGGCAGACAACGUCGAGAUGACGGACCUGGGGCUGCGGUAG